AUGUCCACAGUUUCGAAGCAUUUUCGACUGAAAUACAAAGAAGAAUCGUACAUCUUUAAAGAGUUGGAGAAGAUGCGACAGGAAACUAAAAAGGAUCUUCUUCGAUUCAAGCAGAAGUUGGCCUCCAAGCCGGCUGUGGAUGAAGCCUCAGUGUGCGGCCUCCAGGCCCCUGGCCCUGCCCCUCCUGGGGAGAAGGUCAGCGCCACCUACGAUGGACCCCAAAAGCCAUCACGGUCCCCUCGAGCUAAAGGCCCUACGACCCCCGCUGCGGCCCUCCUGCAGCAGGCGCCCCGAGGCGCAGCGCGGCCCCCGGCACCGAGCGAGGUGGCCGCUCCCGGGAAGACCCGGCCGUUUCGCCCGCACGACUUCUACUUGCGGAGUUCUGCGUUCCUCCGGCACCAGCCCCAGAAAAAGCCGCCGGUCAUCGCCUACAGGGCUGGCACGUCGAGACCGUUAGUCCUGAUGCCGCCCCCUGCGGCAAGGGAGAGGCCCGGGGCGCGCCUGGGCCCAAGGAGCCCGCGGCCCACGGGCCCCAAGCCCGUCCUGUACCCAGGCCGGGAGCGCGCCGCGAAACGGGAGACGGCCGCGCUCGCAGAGGCCCGCCAGGCCAAACCCAGGAAGGGCAGCUCCGUUUCCAGCCAGGAGGGCGACGCGGAGUCGGGAGGCCGGCGGAGGAGAGCCAGGAGUCACGCCCUCUCCGUGAGCUCGGGCUCAGCCAGCCAGCGGCGGGAAGCGCGCGGAUCAGUUUCCGAAAGCCAGCCGGGGAGCAUUCCGCAGGGCGACUCGUGGGAGGCCGCCCCGCAGGCCGCGCAGCCGGUGCGAGUGGUCCCGACAUCCAUAGAGGAGAUCAUCGCCUCACGGCAGUCGGAGACCCAGCUGGCCUCCGACCAGACUAUCAAAGAGCUCAUACAGAGUGUCCUCGGCCAGAACUACGACAUUAACAUGGAAGUAGGUGAACCAGAAGAAGAGUUAAUAUUUCUCCUGGGUAAAUGCAACUUUAGGAAACAUUCAGAGCAUAUUUAA